GAGAGUGAGCUCGGGAGAGCGAGACAAUUUGGAGGGGAGGGCAGGCAGAGUCAGCAGACCCCGCGGCUCUCCUCUCCCACCGCUCGCUCCGUUCCUCUCUUAUACUCUUGCUUCCCUCUCUGCCCUUAGCUUUCCCUCGAAAACCCCAAUUAGCCAAAGGAAGGAGGUAAGGGGAACCCUUUCCCCUCCCCCCUUCAAAAAACUUUUCCAGUCCGGAGAAAGCAGGGGACCGAGUGGGCACCCGGCUGGCUAUGGAGCUGCUGUGCUGCGAGAUGGACCGAGUCCGCAGGGCCGUGCCCGACGGCAACCUGCUCUACGACGACCGCGUUUUGCAGAACUUGCUCACCAUCGAGGAGCGCUACCUUCCCCAGUGCUCCUACUUCAAAUGCGUGCAGAAGGACAUCCAGCCCUACAUGCGCAGGAUGGUGGCCACCUGGAUGCUGGAGGUUUGUGAGGAGCAGAAGUGUGAGGAGGAGGUCUUCCCUUUGGCCAUGAAUUACCUGGACCGCUUCUUGGCCGGGGUCCCGACUCCUAAGACCCACCUUCAGCUCCUGGGUGCUGUCUGCAUGUUCCUGGCCUCCAAACUCAAAGAGACCAUCCCUCUGACUGCAGAAAAGCUGUGCAUUUACACCGACAACUCCAUCAAGCCCCAGGAACUGCUGGAGUGGGAGCUGGUGGUGCUGGGGAAAUUGAAGUGGAACCUGGCCGCAGUCACUCCUCAUGACUUCAUCGAGCCCAUCCUCCGCCGGCUGCCCCAGCCCAGCGAGAAGGUGCCUCUGAUCCGCAAGCAUGCGCAGACCUUCAUCGCUCUGUGUGCCACCGACUUCAAGUUCGCCAUGUACCCACCGUCGAUGAUUGCAACUGGAAGUGUGGGAGCUGCCAUCUGUGGGCUGCAGCAGGAUGAGGAAGUGAGCUCGCUCACUGGCGAUGCGCUGGUGGAGCUGCUGGCCAAGAUCACCAACACCGACGUGGACUGCCUGAAAGCCUGCCAGGAGCAGAUCGAGGUGGUGCUGCUCAGCAGCCUGCAGCAGUUCCGCCAGGAGCAGGGCGAUGGAUCCAAGUCGGAGGACGAACUGGACCAAGCCAGCACCCCUACAGAUGUGCGGGAUAUUGACCUGUGAGAAUGUUGGUCGGGCCGCACGGGGAGAGACGCGUUCAGAUCUGCUCUCUCCUUCUUUCUGGUUGUUUUUUCUUUAUGUUUUAGGAUGAAGCUUAAAAAAAAAAAAAAAAAAAAAAAUCCUGUCCCCACC